AAAUUAUUGAAGUUUUCUCCAGAUAUAUUGAUCCCACUAUUUUCCUAAUGUAGUUUCUUGAACACAUCUUCGAGGACUAGGGUGAACAGCUUAGAUGAUAUUAUACCGCCUCCUCUUACGCAUCUUUUGAUCUUCACUUCGUUUAGGUAUAUCUUCAUGCAUUCUUAAGAAUGCUAGAAGAUUAUUAUUUAUUGAUCGGUGUUAAAUGUCCAUCAUUUUGUUGUUUAAGACGCUGAUGAGUUUUUGAUUUCACUUAGUAAAUUGUCUCCUUGAUGAAGAUAGAAUAAGAAACUAACCCAAUGCUCGAGACUAUUGAAAUUUGAAACGUGAAAAUCUACAAUGCGUCUGACUGGGUCAGUUUGGUUUUGGAAAGUUAUUAUUAUAGGUACCUACAAGUUUAUCACUACCUAUAUCUGGUUUCUCUUCAACUGAUUUCCUCCACUAAACCAGUACUCCUAUAAAGACUCAAAUCAAGGUAUUGGUACUAUACUUGAUCUGGAGAGUAUUUCUGAAGCUAAGGAAAGAUUUCAGACGAAAAAUCUCCUAGUAGCAUGUUUCAACUUUUGCUAUUAAGAAGCUUGACCAACUUCAAUGGGGGUUGAAAUUGGACACAUCUUAGUACCUAUCUAAACUCAUAGAAUCAGGAAAAAAAACAGUAAAUUUUCCACAUGGAAAAUACUUCGAUUAGAUUACGUUACACUGUCAAGAAGGUUCAAUUCAUAAAUUGCUAAAAAAAAAAAAUUUCUUCUUCAUUCACCUACAUAUGUCCAUUCUUACAAGAAUUUAUUAAAGAAAAUCUGACAACACAGCAUAAACCCAGCAAAACGCAAAACGGACAAAUAACAACCCAACGACCAUACCUGCCCGUUCGUGGAGCUCUAGGUGGGUUGGGUCGAAUAUUUUUUUUUUCAACCUCCAGUCAAGCGAUAAUCAAUGGGGCUGAAAGGUCGAUAGGGCUUUGUACAAAUCCACCAACGCACAAAGAAGUCUUCGCCGCGAAAAAUGUGUCUUUGUUUUUAUCCAAUUACUAUUUUAGUUUAACUAUAGGAAGAAAAUGCAGUGGUCAUAUUUUAUUAUCGGUUUAUGUUAUCUAUUUAUCGCAAACGGUCAAUACGAGUGGCAGAGUCGCGACGCCUUCGACGAAAUCUCCAGAGCUACGAGGGCCGUGAACAAGGAUAACUGCGAAAUUCAACACUUGAGCGACCUGUAUCUUCCGGACGACACCGUUUCCCACCUGCCGGACAUUAAAGAUGUCAACAUCAACCCCGUGUUUCCCAACAGGACGCAAUUGUUGCACUUGCAUAACAUGGCGUUGAAUAGGGCCUUUUUCUGGUCCUACAUUUUACAGAGCAGGUUCAUCAGGCCCGCUAUCAAUAACACGUACGAUCCUGGGAUGAUGUACUACCUGUUGUCCACUGUAGCUGAUGUUUCGACGAAUAAGCAUAUUAAUGCUAGUGCAAUCUAUUUUGCUCCCAACAUGUCUUAUUCGAGUUCGUACAAGGGAUUCUUUAAUAAAACCUUUCCCAGAUUCGCUCCCAGAACGUUCCGUGCAGACGAUUUCAACGACCCCGUGCACUUGGAGCGCAUCUCUACAUUAAACACAUUCACGGUUCAGGAUUUGGGAGCAGUACCGCCAAAUACUAGCGCCGAUUACACUUCCGACUAUUACAGGAUAAACGAAUGGUACAAAAAAUGGUUACCCGAUCCCGAUUUGUUUAAUAACAGACACGAUACCAAGACAACUUAUCAGGUCGAAAUACGGUAUGCAAACAACACAAAUGAAACGUUCACGUUUCACGGACCCAGGGGAGCCGACGAAAACCCAGGACCCGUCAGAUGGACCAGGCCUUAUUUCGAUUGUGGUAGAUCCAACAGGUGGCUUGUGGCAGCAGUAGUACCCAUAGCUGAUAUUUAUCCUAGACAUACUGGAUUUAGGCACAUCGAAUACCCAACAUACACUGCCGUUUCUGUUGUGGAAAUGGAUUUUGACCGAAUAGACAUUAAUCAGUGCCCAAAAGGUCCAGGUAACGACGGUGCCAACCGAUUUACAGACACUGCCAGAUGCAAAAAAGGGACAACAGAGUGCGAACCACUUCAUGGUUGGGGCUUUCGAAGAGGAGGUUACCAGUGCAGGUGCCUACCAGGCUAUCGAUUGCCGCUUCAAAGCCGGAGGCCCUACCUAGGAGAAAUAGUUGAAAGAGCCACAGAAGAACAGUACUACAAUGGAUUUGAUUGCAAAAAGAUUGGAUGGAUUCAAAAAUUACCAGUCCAAUGGGAAAAAGCACCAAGAUAUAUUAGAGAAAUGGAGCUUGAUAGGCAUCCUGAAUAUAAAGAUCCUGUCAAAGGACCCAAUUCUUUAAACCAACCCGUAAUAAACAUCCACAAAGCUUUAGAUUUCAUUUUGGGAAUGAAUAAAGAAACAUGCAAAAAAUACAAACCAGAUGAACUAAUUUUACAUGGAGGUGUAAUGUUUGGAGCGGAAGAAUUCUUUGAAAAUGAAGCAAGAAUGGCCUUAAGAUUGGCAAACUUCAUAAGUGCCUUCCUUCAAGUGUCUGACCAUCAAGAAAUUUUUUCAGGCAAACAAAUAGCUGACGAACCCCUAACAGAAGAUCAAAUGAUAGGAGAAACGUUGGCCAUAAUAUUAGGUAACAGUCGUAUUUGGUCGGCUGGAACCUAUUGGGAAAGAAAUAAAUUCACCAACAAAACAUUAUUUGCCCCCUACGCGUACAAACGUCAACUGAACACUAGAAAAUUCAAUCUUGAAGAUUUGGCUCGCUUGAACAAAUCCCAAGAAGUUUACCUCAAUGAACCUUGGUUUAAAAACUUGAAGCACAGAUGGGCUUCUAACUUUGACAGUUUGGAAAAGUUUUGGCUAAAAAUUCGUUUGCGUUUCAAUGAAACUGGAGAGACCACUAGGAAAUAUGAAAAAUUUCCAAAUUUUUACAAAGGAGCCAAGUUGGAUCAUGGACAUUGGACGGCACCUUAUUAUGAUUGUUAUGGAAAAGUGCCUAUGUGGAAAAUUAAGUAUGUGGCACCGUUCUUUGGAUGGGAUAGUUUGAAAGCAAAAUUGGAAUUCAAGGGAGCUGUAGCAGUUACAAUGGAUAUGUUGAAAUUAGACUUGAACCAAUGUCCAGAUAAAUAUUAUGUGCACAAUGCCUUCAAGGAUACACAUAAAUGUGACCAGCAAACAUCUUAUUGUGUUCCUAUUUUGGGCAGAGGUUUUGAAACUGGAGGAUACAAGUGCGAAUGCAAGCAAGGUUUCGAAUACCCAUUCGAAGAUCCAAUUACUUAUUAUGACGGGCAACUCGUUGAAGCUGAGUUUAGCAACCUGGUGGAUGAUAAUCAAUCAAGAUUUGACAUGUUUAGAUGUCGAUUGGCAGGAGCUAGUAGUAUACAAGCAAAUUUUUUGAUUGUUCUGAUUUUGUUGAUGGUCUCUUUUGGAGGUUUAGUACAGAGGUAAUAUUAGAAUCUCUCAUACAAAAGACUGUAAAUAUUACUGUGGAUUUUCAGUGGCCUUUUUUAAAUGUGUGCCUUGUCUAAUGUAAUCAUGUAAUAUAAAAGUUGUGAUUUGAUAAUAUGAGAUUUGGAAAAUAACUAUUCCAUUUGAAAUGUGAAUAUCAAGCAAAUCUCAUAUUAAUACAGACCGUCCAAAGCGAAAUUGAAUUAUGAAUGUGUAAUAUUAGGAACUAAGGAUGUUAAGUUUAAGCAUGUGUAAAUGUCAAAUUCCACUUACUUGUAAAAUAAGACAAAAAUAAUACUUGAAAUCCAUCAUUUAUAUUUUUAAUACAUCAAAAUUUGACGUAGGUACCUGAGCUUUACAAUUUGAAAUCAAAAUAUUAAUUUAGAUGUUUAAGAAUUUAGGUCUAGUUUAUUAAAAUCCAUUUUAAGAAAAAUCCCUGACACAGUCAAUUAAAAAAGUUAGAUAGUUUAUUUCGCUGUAUGUAAGUACAGUUUUGGCUUCAAAAAUAGUGCAAUCGGAAUAGGAUUUUUUCAUGCUUUACAGAAUGUCACGUUCUGGUGACAAUAAUUAAGCUACUUUUCUUAAAUUUACCUUUAUUGAAACUUGACUAGGCUUUUAGAAAGGCUUAUGAGAUUUAGGAAAAUGAUCUUAUGCACAAAAAAAAUAUUACCUACAGUGUAUAUUUUUGUUAUCCCUAAACAUUAUAGGAUAAAAUUGUACCAAAUGUUGCAAAUCUGAUUUCAGUUCAGUUUCAGGAGCAUUGAAUUUGCAACAUCCAUGCUUUGUAUUUUUAGACGUGGAAUAUCGGCCAAGUUGUAGUAAUAGCUGUAAUAAGUUAUCCAGCUUAACUGUUAUGACUGCCAUUAGUUUAAUAAAUUUUGAAUUUAUUUAAUUAGGAAUUGAGGUAGAAGCUGCAAAUAAGGCUGCUUUCAUUCACGAUAAUUUCAACUACAUUUAUUUAGAAAUGCCGAACUUACAAAUUGAUCAUUUAAAAUUGAACUUGUUUGCUGUGUUUAGCUUAUAAUGCCAUAAAUAGUUUAUACCUAAAUACAGCAUAACUUGGGUUUUCUGGACAUGUAUCGUUUGUCCAGAUUUUAGGCAAAAAACUUUCAGUUUUGCUCCUGAUAUCUAGCGUCUACUAUAGAGUUUUUACUAUAGUUUUAAGUUAAAAUUAAGGACAUUUUAUUCUGUGUACUAUUGAUACUGAUACUAGUAGUGAAAGUUAAGUUUUC